GUGUUCAAACGCUUUGUCGAGAUUGGCAGAGUUGCCUUCAUUUCCUUCGGGCCGCAUGCUGGCAAGCUGGUGGCCAUUGUGGAUGUCAUUGACCAAAACAGGGCACUAGUUGAUGGCCCCUGCAGUGGUGUCAGAAGGCAGGCUAUGCCCUUCAAGUGCAUGCAGCUUACUGACUUUGUUCUCAAGUUCCCACACAGUGCUCGUCAGAAGUGUGUGCGACUUGCAUGGGAGAAGGAAAAUAUAAAUGAAAAAUGGGCCGCCACAAGAUGGGCGAAGAAGAUUGAAGCCCGAGAAAAGAAAGCUAAAAUGACUGACUUCGAUCGCUACAAGGUUAUGAAAGCAAAGAAAAUGAGAAACAGGAUCAUCAAGCAUGAAAUGAAGAAGCUCCAGAAGAUGGCUUCUAAAAAAGGCAAGAAGCCAGAGAAGCCAGAGAAACCAGCGAAGUCAGCGAAGCCAGCGAAGGCAAAGAAGUCAGAGAAAGUGCAGAAGGCACCGAAGGCACAGAAAUAAAAUGAACUUGUGGUUAUGUAUGACUUUGUGUCUUUGUUCUGGUUCUUUGAAAUUAACAAAUGGUUCAACAUCUGAUGUAAAUUGUAAUCAUAAGUUCACUUUUGCUUCUGACCAA